CAGCGGCUCCUGCCCGGACGGGCUCAGGCCCAGUAGCGGGAAUAGGCUUGGGUAACUGCGGACAGGGGCGCGCGGAGCUGGCGCCGAUGGUGUUUGGGCGCAGGGAGCUGCUCGGAGCCGCUGCUCCGGGAAUCAGGGCCCGGGGAACCGCUGCCCGCCCCUCCACCUCUCGCAUCUGUGUGUGCUGGGUGCGCUGAUGCCUCAGCCUGGCAGUGGAGGGGGGUGACCGUGCUGUCUGAGGCCAGGUGGCCGCCUGGGCCACGCCCCGGUCUGCAGAGCGGCUCCUGUUCCGGGUCCUGACGGCCUGGCCGGGAGCCCGGGGAAGCCUCCGAUUUCACCUGGCUCAUGGAUCUCAGACCACUGAGCUGUCCGCAGCCUCUUGCUCCUUUGGGGCUGCCUCCUCCCCACCCUCAGGGCUGCCGAGCUGGCGCCAGUCUGCACAUGCCCCCUUGGCUACCCUGGAGGCAGACGGGACCUCUCCCUCCCCGCAGGCCCUGGCAGGGCCCCAUCUCAGCCUUCCGGCAGGUGCAGGUCGCCCAGCAGUGAGUGUGGUGUGGUGAGUGUGGUGCUCCUCUCUGCCAGCUGCCAUGGCCCGGGGGCUGCCCAGCGCCGCCAGCCUGGCACGCCUCUGCCAGAAGCUGAACCGGCUGAAGCCGCUGGAGGAGUCCACCAUGGAGACUUCGCUGAGCCGCUGCCUGUCCACACUGGACCUGACCCUGCUGGGCGUGGGUGGCAUGGUAGGCUCGGGCCUCUAUGUGCUCACAGGUACGGUGGCCAAGGACAUGGCUGGCCCUGCCGUGCUCUUGUCCUUCGCCGUGGCCGCCGUGGCCUCGCUGCUGGCUGCCCUAUGCUAUGCAGAAUUUGGAGCUCGCGUACCCCGAACAGGCUCUGCCUACCUGUUCACCUACGUGUCCAUGGGUGAGCUGUGGGCUUUCCUCAUCGGCUGGAAUGUGCUCCUGGAAUACCUCAUUGGUGGCGCCGCGGUGGCCCGUGCCUGGAGUGGCUACCUGGAUGCCAUGUUCAGCCACAGCAUCCGCAACUUCACCGAGACCCACGUGGGCGUCUGGCAGGUGCCCUUCCUGGCCCACUACCCAGACUUCCUGGCAGCCGGCAUCCUCCUUUUGGCUUCUGCCUUUGUCUCCUGCGGUGCCCGGGUGUCCUCCUGGCUCAACCACACCUUCUCGGCCAUCAGCCUGAUGGUCAUCCUCUUCAUCGUCAUCCUGGGCUUCAUCCUGGCCCGCCCCCGCAACUGGAGCGCCGAGGAGGGCGGCUUCGCACCCUUCGGCUUCUCCGGCAUCAUGGCCGGCACCGCCACCUGCUUCUACGCCUUUGUGGGCUUUGACGUCAUUGCUGCCUCCAGCGAGGAGGCCCAGAACCCGCGGCGGGCCGUGCCGAUCGCCAUCGCCAUCUCCCUCAGCCUGGCAGCCAGUGCCUACAUCCUCGUCUCCACCGUGCUCACCCUCAUGGUGCCCUGGCACAGCUUGGAUCCCGACUCAGCCCUCGCUGACGCCUUCUACCGGCGGGGCUACAGCUGGGCUGGCUUCAUCGUGGCGGCUGGCUCCAUCUGCGCCAUGAACACCGUCUUGCUCAGCAACCUCUUCUCCCUGCCACGCAUCGUCUACGCCAUGGCGGCCGACGGGCUGUUCUUCCAGGUGUUCGCCCGCGUGCACUCCCGGACACAGGUGCCCGUGGUUGGCAUCCUGGUGUUCGGGGUCCUCAUGGCUCUCCUGGCACUGCUGCUGGACCUGGAGGCACUGGUCCAGUUCCUGUCCAUCGGCACCCUGCUGGCCUACACCUUCGUGGCUGCUAGCAUCAUCGUGCUGCGUUUCCAAAAGACUUCCCCGCCCAGCUCCCCCGGCCCGGCCAGUCCUGGCCCCCUGGGCAAGCAGCACGACUCCUUCUCGGACCACAUCCAGCUGGUGGAGGCCGCUCAGGCUUCGGUGGCUGAGCCUGGGCACCUGCGACCGGCCCUGAAGCCCUACCUGGGCUUCCUGGGCGGAUGCGGCCCUGGAGCCGCCGUAACCUGGGCGCUCGGCUUCCUGGUGGCCUCAGCCAUCAUCCUGGACUGCGUGGUGGUCUUCGGGGACUCGGCCCUGAGCCUGCCACGCUGGGGCUACUUCCUGCUGCUGCUCCUCAGCGGCACCGUGUUUCUGCUCAGCCUCCUGGUCCUGGGGGUCCACCAGCAGCAGCACCGGCAGGACACUUUCCAGAUUCCCCUGGUGCCCCUCACGCCAGCCCUGAGCAUCCUCCUGAACAUUUGCCUCAUGCUGAAGCUGAGCUACCUCACCUGGCUACGCUUCUCCAUCUGGCUGUUGAUCGGACUCGUCGUGUAUUUCGGCUAUGGCAUCAGGCACAGCAAGGAGAACCAGCGGGAGUUACCGGGGCCGAUCACCACUCGCUACGUGGUGUUCCCCAGCAGCAGCCUGGAGGAGUCCGUGCAGCCCGUGCAGCCCCCCGGCCAGGCGCCAGCCCACGAGCCUGGCUGCACGGAGUAGCUGGCCAGUGCGGGAGGCCAGCGAGGACUGCCCAUGCCUUCCCUGCCUUCCCCACUGCAUCGGGAGGCUUGAAGGGCUUGGUGGGGGGAGCUUCUUCUGUCCAGGGCAGCUUGAGUGUGCAGGCCUGCCGGGGAUUGCGGAUGGGGCGGGGGUGGGGGGUGGGGCAGAAGCCUCAGGACUUCAGCCCAGGGGUUGAGCCCCUGGUGUAGCUGUCUCAUCACCUGACACCUUCCUUUUUUUCUGAUCAACUCCCGCUACCUGGGCAGGCAGGGAGUGGGUGGUGGGAGAGGAGGCCAGCCGCCUCAGGGAUGCAGAAUAAGAACUGCUCGGCCAGAUACGCGGCCCACCGCCAAGUCCGCCCUGACAUUCUUUGUGGCACUGAGUCCUCCUCACCUGUGCGUGUCGGAACCGUGAGAUUGUGCUCAGUCCACAGCGAAGAUGCUGCGGCUCGGCAAAGCGGAGGCCACCCACCCUGGGACCACCCUGAGUCAGGAGCCAGGGCCCUCUGCCUGGCUCAAAGAGGGGCCACGCACAGCAGGCACGAGGUGUCCAUGAUAGCUCUCCCGACAUGCCCCUUUAGAGGGUUGACUCAGGGUACAAGGCCUAGGCCCCUCAAAGAGGCUACCCAGAAAGGGCAGCUGGGUUCUGGGGUUCCCUUGGUCUCCCAGGGCUCCCAGAGAGCAGGGCGUGUGCCCUAGGGCUGUCCAGGGACAUCAAGGCACACCCAGGUGCCUGUGCCCACCUGAUCCACUUAGCUGCACAUCUGCGUGGGGACUGAACCAGCAGCUUUCAAAGCCUGGGUGCCCAGAGCCUAUGCUCUUGCUGUCUCUGUCUCUCUUUCUCUACACCCCUCUGCCAGGGCUUUGGCAUAAAGGCUCAGGAGGGGACACACGUGUCCAGUAGACAUGUAUGUGCACAAGGUACGUGAGAAGCUGGGCCUGCUCCAGCUGCCUUCCAGCCCAGCU